CAGCCAUUAUCUCAAUUCUCUGCCAUAUUUCAUAGCGUUGCUUCUUCCAUAAUAUAAUUAUCUAUUUCACAUGUCUACUAAUUAGUUCAUGUUUGUUGUUGUUAGUUGUUGGUUUCUUCUUAAUUAGUACACCCUUUUGUCCUCUUGGAUUAACUAACCGGUAAGUUAAGUUUCUAAUCACCAAAUUAAAGGCCCUUAGUUUAAUUAAUUACUAGACCUAUGGAUUUGUGUGUAUUUAUAUAUAUUCAAUUUGUUUAAUUAGAUUUGGAUAUAUUGAACUCUCCUUGUUAUUUGUUUUAGGUUAAUUUAAUUUGUGUUAGUUUUUGUUGAUGCAGAUCAUUGUUAGCCCUAAUAGAGAUUAGAAUUAUAUAAUUAAGCUUAAGUAGGUAUUAUUAUGAGUUAAUCACUUAAUUAGUCUAUAAUUAAGGACAUGUGAUAUAAAUAAUUGAAAUUCUCAUCACAUUUUGAAAAUUUUCUUUAGAGUUAGCAACAAAAGAUUUAUGAAAUGGAAUCCAACAAUGAACUAGGUAGUGGCAUGUUCUCUGUCAUAGGUUCUAGUUUCUUAGGAUUAGAUCAUAAUAAUAAUAAUAAUAAUAAUAAUAAUAACCCUUCACAACAACAACAAAAUCUUCAACAUAGAAACCAACCCAAAAUGGUUCAGUUUGGUUCUUCUUCUUCUUCUUCUCAUCACCAACAAAUCAAUUAUGAUAAUAAUAAUAAUUCAUCCAAGAACAAACACCAACAAGGUUCUCUAAGUGAUGAAGAUGAACAAGGAUUCAAUAAUAUAGAUGUUGAUGAGAGUAAUAGUAACAAGAUGAAGAACAUUAGUAGUAGUAUCUCACCAUGGCAGAGAAUGAAAUGGACUAGUACCAUGGUUAGGCUCUUGAUAAUGGCUGUUUACUACAUUGGUGAUGAAACAAGUACUGAUCCAAAUGGGAAGAAAAAGAUGAUGAUGAACAAGCAAGGAGGGGGGUUGAUUCUUCAGAACAAGAAAGGGAAGUGGAAAUCAGUGUCAAGAGCAAUGAUGGAGAAAGGUUUCUAUGUUUCACCUCAACAAUGUGAGGACAAGUUCAAUGAUCUGAACAAGAGGUACAAGAGGGUCAAUGAUGUUCUUGGAAGAGUAACAGCUUGCAAGGUUGUUGAGAAUCAAAAGUUGUUGGAAACAAUGGAUCACUUGUCACCAAAGGCCAAAGAAGAAGUGAGAAAGUUGCUGAAUUCAAAGCACCUUUUCUUUAGAGAAAUGUGUGCUUAUCAUAAUAGUUUUGGCCAUGGUGGUGAUAAUGCAUCUCAAUCUCAAUUACAACAUGAACAAGGAGAGAAAGAAAAGGAAGAAAGAUGCUUUCAUUCUUCUUCUAAGUUGAAAAUAGGGUGUGAAGAAGAGGAUCAUAAUGAUGAUAGUGGUGACGACGACGAUGACGACGAUUCUGAGAACUAUUUUGAUGAGGAUGAAGAUGAAUUAGGAGAAGGUGGUUCAAAGGGUCAUCAUGAUCAUCAUCAUGAUCAUAAUAAGAGGCAAAAGAAAUCAUCAUCAUGUGAAUUGAUGAAAUUAAGGAGUAAGAUAGUGAAGUUAGAGGAGAAGCAAAUAAGGCAUGAGGGACAAGGGUUUGAGAUUGAGAAAGAAAGAAUGAAAUGGAGAAAGUAUAGUAGCAAGAAGGAGAGGGAGAUGGAGAGAGCAAAGUUUGAGAAUCAAAGGAGAAGGUUAGAGAUUGAGAGAAUGAUUUUGAUCAUUCACCAAAAGGAACUUGAAUUGCAACAUCAACAGCAUCAAUAGCAUUAUUUUGUUCCUUAGUUUGUUAAUUGGGAAGUGUAAUAAACCAGUAUUGAGUUGGUUAUGAAUAUAAAAAGUUAAUGAGGUUCCUACAAAAGAAAACACGCCCGGUGGGACUCGAACCCACAAUCGCCUGAUUAGAAGUCAGGCGCCUUAUCCAUUAGGCCACGAGCGCUUUAUAUUUUCCUGCUUCAUAAAUUACUUAUGUGUGUGU